AUGACACCGCGGGCCGUGCAGCCGGCACUGAGGAAUGUCCCUGAGAUGGAGUUACAGCUGGUGUCUGGGUACAUGGAGCUCCUGGUGUCUGGGGCCAGGGAGCAAGCCGUGCCGCCACCUUGGGCCUCCUCGGGGGUCCUGCGGCCGCCUCCUCAGCACACGAGGCAGAAGGUGGUGGGCGCUAUGCUGUGGCUGCUGGUCCUGAUUCUCCCCUGUCUGGGGGGCUCUGUACCUGUGACCUCAGAUCCCGGCCCGGGAACUGAGCUGGUGGGCAUCGUGGGGGGGCAUGAUGCUUCCAAUGGGGCGUGGCCGUGGCAGGUGGGCCUGUGGGUCUUUAAUCCAACAAAGAACCAGUGGAUUUUCUUUUGUGGGGGCUCCCUCAUCCACCCCCAGUGGGUGCUGACCGCUGCCCACUGCAUUCCAGGGAGAAACCCCGUGCCUCAGCACUUCAAGGUCCAACUAGGACGAGUGAGACCCUCAUUCAUUGGCAGUGUGCGGGUGGCUAGGAUCAUCCGCCACCCCAAGUACAGGCUUGAAAAGGGACCAGUCGGUGGGGCGGACGUGGCACUUCUCAAACUGGAGGCCUCUGUGCGACCAUCUAACCUCAUCAGGUGGAUCAGCCUCCCGCCAGCCUCCCCCGCAGUCCCCCCAGGCACCCGGUGCUGGGUGACUGGCUGGGGCAACAUUGCUUAUAAAGAGCCGCUGCCACCGCCCCACAAUCUGCAGGAGGUGCAGGUCCCCAUCGUGGCAAAUAACAUCUGUAGGCAGCAAUACCUCAAGAUCGACUUGGUUAUCACGGACGACAUGCUGUGUGCGGGGAGUCCAGGCCGGGCCUCCUGCCAUGGUGACUCUGGGGGCCCCCUGGUCUGUAAAUGGAGGAACACCUGGGUCCAGGUAGGGGUGGUGAGUUGGGGAGAAAAGUGCGGUCUCCCCAACUUUCCUGGAGUCUAUGCCCGAGUGACAUCCUUCUUGGCUUGGAUCCGCCAUCAUAUUCACUCCUCUCAUUGA